CAACAAAAAAGAUGGGAAGGUAAAAUUAGUGUGACACGAGUUGUUUUUGAUACUUUAUACUAUAAUUCUGUCUGCUCGGAACAAAGAGCCGUGUCCUGCCUUAAAGGUCAAUAAAAUGAAAUAAAAUAAAAUAUUGAUGCAAGCUUCCGUGAGCUGCAGCCAUUUUCUUCAGAUCCAUGGCGUGUCACUUCCACAAUCAGACAAACAGGGGGACUGAAGUCCAUAGAAACGUAUGCCAAACAGAACGAGUUCCUAUUUCAAGUUCCUAUAAGGUAACGUCGUUUCUCUGGCAGCGGGUUUUACCGGGCUCCACACCCCACCCGACAGCGCAGUUUCUGCAAUGACCGAGCUUUGUAAGGACGGGAGGAGAUUAAAAAGGCAAAGCGUCCAUCUCUCUUCUCCCGCCUUGGGCCGGCAUCCUUUCUCAAAAGCUCCUUGGGCUUCCCGUUACCAUGGCGACAGCGGGGCGCCAUUUCCCUCCUCCCCUCUCCGGCCCCGCAUGCCUGCGCUUCUAUGACGGAGGACCGCGCGCCUUCCAAGGAAAGGACGGCCUCCAGGGGGCGCUCUCGGGGGCGGUGACUGGGGAAGGACAAGCUUUUGGGCUUCCCGUUGCUACGGCGACGGCGCCGCUUCCCUCCUCCCUUCUCAGCCGCCGCGCCGUGGCGGGCAAGGAGAGAGCCUCCAGAGGGCGCUCUUGGUCUUCCGGCCCACCCCUUCCCUUCCUUUUCUGCCUCCUGAUUGGCUAGAUUCGCAUGAAAGCGGGUGGCGCGAGAGCAGGCGAGGGACGGUUGAAAAAUCCGACCGUUGGCCGCGAAGCUGAGGCACUGAAGCGGCCGCUGAGGGAAAAGGGGCGGAAGCGGACCGGUUAGGCAGCAUGAAGGCGGCGGGUAAAACCAAGACCCCUCGAAAGCAACUGCCAAAGAAGGCAUUCAGCAGCAGCUUAAAGGAUCCUGUAGAGGUGUACUGCCGGAUUCGCCCAGACAGCGUGCCUGACCAGGAGUGCUGCAUCGAGGUGAUCAAUAGCAGAACGGUCCAGGUUCACCCCCCUGAGGGAUAUAGAAUCUGUCGCACUGGGGAGUACAGAGAGGUGCAAUAUUCAUUUAAAGAAGUCCUUGGUGCCAGUGUUACUCAGAAAAAUGUGUUUGAAGCAGUUGCAAAACCUCUGGUGGAAGACCUUAUCCGUGGAAAAAAUGGUCUCCUUUUUACAUAUGGUGUCACAGGGAGUGGGAAAACCCAUACGAUGACAGGGUCUCCUGGUGAUGGUGGGCUGCUUCCACGCUGUUUAGACAUGAUUUUCAACAGCAUAGGCCCUUUUCAAGCCAAACGAUAUGUUUUUAAGCUUGAUGAUAAAAAUGGAGUAGAGGUACAGUGUGAGGUUGACGCUUUACUUGAACGUCAGAAGAGAGAAGCAUUACCAUAUCCAAAAACUCCAUCCAACAGCAAACGCCAGAUCGACCCUGAAAUUGCUGAUAUGAUUAAUCUGCAAGACAACUGCAAGGUAGAAGAGAUUGAGGAAGAUAAUGUCUACAGUGUGUUUGUCUCUUAUGUUGAAAUUUAUAACAACUACAUCUAUGACCUUUUAGAUGAAACACCCUUUGAACCUACCAAAGCAAAGUGGAACAGCUGUGGCACUCCAAUGCGGAACGCUGACUUUUUGCUUUCCCAAUCCAAAGUUCUUCGUGAGGAUCAGCAUCACAACAUGUAUGUUGCUGGAUGCACUGAAGUGGAAGUAAAAUCUACAGAGGAAGCAUUUGAAGUCUUCUGGAGAGGCCAAAAGAAGAGACGCAUUGCUAAUACACAGCUGAAUCGUGAAUCCAGCCGUUCACAUAGCGUGUUUCUAAUUAAACUGGCUCAGGCACCACUGGAUGUAGACGGAGAUAAUGUUCUUCAGGAAAAAGAACUGAUAACAUUGAGCCAGUUAUCUUUGGUUGAUCUGGCUGGAAGUGAGAGAACCAACAGAACAAGAGCUGAAGGAAGCAGACUUCGAGAAGCAGGUAAUAUUAACCAGUCACUAAUGACACUAAGAACCUGCAUUGAAGCUCUUCGAGAGAACCAAACAUAUGGAACCAAUAAGAUGGUUCCUUACCGAGAUUCAAAACUGACCCACCUGUUCAAGAAUUACUUUGAUGGAGAAGGGAAAGUGCGUAUGAUUGUCUGUGUAAACCCAAAGGCUGAAGACUAUGAUGAGAGUUUGCAAGUCAUGCGAUUUGCAGAAAUCACUCAAGAAGUAGAAGUUGCAAGACCUGCUGACAAGCCACUGUGUGGGUUAGCCUCUGGCCGACGGUAUAGGAACCAAGCAUUUAAAGAGGAACUGUCACGGCAACUGGAAGUCCGAGGAGGACCCAUUGACGGGGAUGGAGAGGGGUCUGCCCCAGAGUUGCUUUUACGCAGUUUCCCCCCACUGCCUUCUUGUGAACUUCUGGACAUCAACGAUGAUCAGACUCUCCCUCGGCUGAUAGAAGUGCUUGAAAAACGACAUCGCAUGCGCCAGAUGCUGUCAGAAGAGUUCACCAAAAACAUAUCUUCUGCAGAAAGAAUCCUCCAAGAACUUGAUGCCAACAUUAUCUCCAGGGAAAAGAAUGCAGAACUGAAAAUUGCUGAAAAAGACAAAUUAAUAGAAGGGCAGAAAGUGGAAGUUGAGCGACUGGAGAAAAAAGCAAAAACUCUGGAAUACAAGGUUAACAUAUUAGAGAAAACCACAGCCAUUUAUGAAGAAGAGAAGCGCAACUUGCAUCAGGAGCUAGAGAGCAAGAGCCAGAAGCUGGAGCGACAGACUUUUGACAGGCAGAGACUAGAAACCCGGUUGAAGGGUAUAGCAACAGAGACAUCUGCGAAAUGGGAAAAAGAAUGUGAGCGACGUGUGGCAGCCAAGCAGCUUGAGAUGCAGAACAAGCUGUGGGUAAAAGAUGAGAAAUUAAAACAACUAAAAGCCAUUGUCAUAGAACCAAAGGUCAGCAAACCAGAGAGGCCUUCCCGGGAAAAGGACCGGGAAAAGGCCCUGAAAAGAUCCAUGUCACCUCCAGCAAUCCCUUUUUCUAGUAACGUUGUCACUCAGCUCCCUAACAACAACAAUCUGCCUGUUGCAAGCCAGCCACAGCUGCAUAGACGCUCCAAUUCUUGCAGCAGCAUUUCUGUGGCCUCCUGCAUCUCAGAAUGGGAGCAGAGAACGCCUACUCAAGGCAGCAGGCACCCCGGCGGUGGUGGCAGCAGCGGCACACCCAGAGCAAGAAGUAGAGUGCAGGAAGCAGAGCAAGCUAGGCCCUGUAUCAUGUCAGACAGAAGGCGGGGCAUGUAUCGGACUGGAAUCCUUGAGACCCCCAGUGAUAGAGAGGCCUUAGAGGUAGAAGAGGAUCCGUUCUGCAGGAAUGUCCCGUUAGUUCGGCUUCGACACAGGCGCUCUCGCUCAGCUGAGGAGAGAUGGGUUGACCAUAAGCCUCCCUCCAACAUACAGACAGACACUAUCAUGCAACCUCACGUCCCUCAUGCCAUCACAGUGGCAGCUGCAAACGAAAAGGCACUGGCCAAGUGCGACAAGUACAUGCUGACCCACCAAGAGGUGGCUUCCGAUGGAGAGAUUGAAACAAAGCUUAUCAAGGGCGACGUUUAUAAGACUAAAGGAGGAGGACAAGCUGUCCAGUUCACUGAGAUAGAGAGGCUGAAACAAGAAUCUCCAACACGUCGCAAGCGAAGAUCCUCCCCCUCAAGGCCUUCGCCACCAGAUGGGGACACAGAGUCAGAGUGGACUGAUGUAGAAACAAGAUGUUCAGUGGGUGUAGACAUGAAGGCAGGCUGUCGUCUUGGACCUGCAUAUCAACAUUAUGCUGAACCCAAGCGUAAAAAAACAUGAAUUUUCGUGGAUUUUCUGUUGAGGUUAUUUUCUCAAGUUACUACAGACCACAUAGCUGACUAUGGUUGGACAGUGUCUGCUAUGCAUGAUUCGACAGCUGUAACGCAAAAGGGGCAUAUAUAUUUGGUUUCUUAGACUGAAUUUGUAAAUAAAGCAAUAUUGAGUAUAUUAUAUUUCUAAGUACAACUCAGUAUAACUCCCGGCCAUGCUUUUUCUAGUCGGUUUGAGGAAGAGGUCUGUCAUGCAAGGCUCCACAGGUUAGAUGGGUCAGCACUGUGCCUGUAUUCAGCUCCCUGAAAUGCAAGAUGCAUCUUACUCUUAUCUAACUUAGCUCUCAAAGUACGUUUUCACAGAAGAUUCAUAGUGAAGAGGUGCUGGAUAGGAAAAAAAAUUGAUCCUAUAAAAGUGGCUAGCAAGGAAAAUGCCAGGCUUCCCUUUCUUUAUCUUCCCUGUGACAAGGAUGAGCUUAAGAGGAAAGCUUGUGGGUUCGAGCUUCUGUGCAUUUCAGGCAAACUAAAUGCAUGUGCGAUGCUGACCCAUCCAGAAUGAAGUUUUGGAUGAGACCUCUUUCUCAAACCAACUAGAUGAAGAAAGGAUUGGAGAGUGGUAGAGCUUACUCAACUUUGUUCCUUCCAUUACACAGAAGGAGCUAAUGGAGCUUAGAUUUCUCUUGGUGCAUGGAGAAGUGACUCCAUUUCGCCAUUCCUUGCAGCUUAGCCACUACCAGCAGAAAAUGCUGGAUUCUCCACAGUGCUGAGAUGCAGGGACCUCUAUGCCCAUUGACAUAAAAAAGAAGAUGGAAAUGGGGUGGAGCUUGAGAAGCGGCUUCCACGUUGGUCCCAAGAAGAAAUCUGGCUCCUAGGACUAAUCUUUCUGAUGUGGCCCUUGCACCUGUGCAGAGCCAGUUUUGAACUUUCUAGCAUCACUUAGAUUGUGGGAGGGGAGUCCUGCCUCUGCGCAAACUAUGCAUACAUAUUCUCACCCCAGCACCUAUCAUCAACUCCCCCUUUCGCACUGUUAAAGAAGCAUCUGAAACUGCGAAUAACUGAGUAACUUCCUCUUGUUCUAUUCUGCCAAGUUUUUAGGCAUUUUUUCUACCUGUUAGAAAACUCCCCAUUUUCUUCUUCCCUGAUUGUAUGGCAUCAUUACCUGCUUGCACCAUAAAUUGUCUUCAUAAUUUUAUGGCUUCUUAACACCUUGCUUAGAAAUGCACACUCUGUAGAGGCAAAAUAGCUUCUGUUACUAAUAGAAUGGCUCUUUUCAAAAGGAGAUCCGUCUGGUCCUUUACUGCAAAAUUUAUAGGGACUUCACUAACCAGGGUUUUCAGAAUCACCCAUCAAACCUUUACCUCUUUGCCUGAAAACUGUAAAAUAAGCCGCCCAGAACACGGCCCUUGCAUGCAGCUCCCCUCUUGAUUUGUGUGAGACUUGUUUCAUUGUUCGUAUUGUGUUCCAGUAAAUUUAUUUUCCUCUUUGCA